GAAGUUCCCCGCAGCCGCCGGAGGCUCAGUUCCGGUUAGGGGGCAGAGUUUGUUUACGUUUCUUGCAGACCUAGCCGCUGCCUUCUGCCGCUGAGACUCCAAGAUGGGGAAAUCCUUCGCCAACUUCAUGUGCAAAAAGGACUUUCAUCCUGCCUCCAAAUCCAAUAUCAAGAAGGUAUGGAUGGCAGAACAGAAAAUAUCAUAUGAUAAGAAGAAACAAGAAGAAUUAAUGCAGCAGUAUCUCAAAGAACAAGAAUCAUAUGAUAACAGAUUGCUUAUGGGAGAUGAACGUGUAAAGAAUGGCCUUAAUUUCAUGUAUGAGGCCCCACCAGGAGCUAAAAAAGAAAACAAAGAGAAAGAAGAAACAGAAGGAGAGAUGGAAUACAAAUUUGAAUGGCAGAAGGGGGCUCCACGUGAAAAAUAUGCCAAAGAUGAUAUGAACAUCAGAGACCAGCCUUUUGGUAUUCAGGUUCGAAAUGUGAGGUGCAUUAAAUGUCAUAAAUGGGGUCACGUCAAUACAGAUCGAGAGUGUCCUUUGUUUGGCCUUUCUGGAAUCAAUGCAAGUUCAGUCCCCACUGAUGGCUCAGGGCCAUCGAUGCACCCCUCGGAGCUAAUAGCGGAGAUGAGAAACAGUGGGUUUGCACUGAAACGAAAUGUACUGGGGAGAAACUUGACCGCAAAUGAUCCAUCACAGGAGUAUGUUGCAAGUGAGGGUGAAGAAGAUCCAGAAGUUGAAUUCUUAAAGUCACUAACAACCAAACAAAAACAGAAACUUCUCAGGAAAUUGGACAGACUUGAAAAGAAAAAUAAGAAAAAGAAAAAAGACAGAAAAAAUAAAAAGUUACACAAGACCAAAAGUAAACACAAAAAACAUAAACACAAAUCCUCCUCAUCCUCAUCUUCAUCCUCCUCCUCUUCUUCCUCCUCUUCUUCCUCCUCUUCUUCCUCCUCCUCCUCCUCUUCAGAGACUUCGGAAAGCAGUGGUGAGAGUGACAACAGAGCAAAGAAAGUAGAAAAGAAGAAGAAAAAGAAAAACAAGUGUUCAGGAAGUAACAGCAGUGCUGCUGAAGAGAAGUCUAAGAAGAGAAGCCUUUAUGAAGAACCCUCAGACAGUCACAGUAACAAGAAGAAAGCCAGGGAAAUGCCUCGGACUGCAGCGCGAGAGAGUUCUGGGGAGAACGGCAGCAGACGGAGCCGGUCGGGUUCGGGGCAGAAGUCCAGACGCCGCGGUCACAGCGCGGAGAGGGGAGGAGCCGAAGGAAAGGAGGGGAGCAGCGGAAGCCGUAGCGGGGGGAGGAGAAGAAGCCAAAGCCGGAGUCCUGCAAGGUACGAGCAGAGGGAGAUAAGGAGAGCGUCCCAGCGGAGUCCCAGCGAAGAGCAGGACAGACGUGACCCCCGGAGCCGUGGCGCAGACAGAUGCAGAGGAGAAAGGACGCACAGAGGGCGCUCGGGAGAUGCGCGCUAAAGGAUGCAGAGAAUAAAGACCGCGUGUGACAGUUACCUGCAAAUAAAAAUCUCUCCACUUUCUUACUGAAUACCUUUAGCAAGGGCUAAAGUAUGUGCUACCGUCUUUCUAAUAAAAAAGCACUAUUUUAACUUUCCUUCUCAGUAAACUAUUAUUUCAGGUAACUGGUAACUUUCUUGUGCCCUGUACCAGAUUUUUAAAAACGCAUAUAACUGUGAUUUUUUUUUAUUCAAAGAAUGACAGUACAUUGAAUGGUUAUAAUUUAAUUUUUUCCUUUUGUCCAUUCAAAUGUGUUACUACUUUUAAGAUUUGAAUUUGCUUGAAGCAAAAUGUAAUGGUUGAAAUUCAUUAGUGUGAAUUAAACUGGACUUUUAUCAGUA